UCGAGAGUAUAAGAUGUGAUGAAAUUUGUACGCGAAAGGCCAUACUCCAGUACAAUAUGUUGUGGAAUCCUGGGGUUCGUGGCUAUGAGUUUAGCCAUCGUGGCAUUCCGUGAAAAUAGCUGGGCCAAAUGGCGAAAAAAAUCAGCAAUGAUGGAAUGUCUUCCCCUACCACCUCCACUUGGAUGCUCAGACCAAUCCUCCACAGCUGAAGUAUUAAAAGACGAUGAAACUGAUUUUGCUUGGUUAACUUUUAUCAGUAUUUUCCCAUCCUGUUGUCAUGUGAUAUCAUGCUUCUUAUCUACGAGAGAUCAUGAUUUAAAAUCAGCUAUCGUAAAGGAAUUGGUAUCGAGCAGAUCUCAAUCUCGUUUGAUGCUUGCUACAGGCAUUCUCAAUAUUCUAUGCUGCAUGAUUGCAAUGCUUCGGAUCAAUGUUAUCAGUGCCAUACGGAGGAACCAGAGUUUCUAUCAAUUUUCUGAUAUGAAUGCUGUUUAUUCCUCGUCAUAUUAUUGCAGCAUGCUAUCAUCUACUAGUGCCUUCAUUUCUUCAGUUUGCCAUAAAUAUAUUUCGCAAGAUAUUUCGCAAGAUAUCUUUCGUAUGGCAAAAACCAUAAAGCAACACUUGGCUAGAAACCUCAUGUAUCCAGACAAUAAAAGAACAACGAAAAUGGUGACGUUUUCUAGUAUGAAUCCAGAAAUGGAAGAAGCAGCAACUGAAAUUGCUGUUAGAGCUGUGAUGCAAUAUAAAUUAGAAGAGGACAUUGCUGAAAAUGUCAAACAGACGUUCGAGGCCAAAUUUGGUCCAACGUGGCAUUGUGCUGCUGGAAGUGAAUUUGGUAGUGCCGUACAUCACCGAGCUCACGAAUAUAUCGAAAUCGCAACGCCACAGAUAUCAGUUUUGCUCUUCCGAUGUGAUGAACCUAAGCAAGCAGAGCUGAAUACACAAUCUACUGUUGGGGAAUCCGGAUCAUUAGACUCCUUAGACUUGCGAUGAAAUGAUACACUAUUUUAUAUUCCGUUAUUACAUGGUGUCCU